CUUUGUUGUCAAAACGACAGCAGUGAAAAAAAGGAAAAUUAAAGCAUGCAUGAAGCAUUCUUGUUCUUAUAAGGAUUAACCGGUUUCUUCUCCCGUACAGUUAGUGCGCCUGUGAAUUAGCAAGAUGAGUGAAAUGGCGAAACACCUCUGCGGAACGGACAACUGUAAGAAGUCGGCAACGCUGCAGUGUCCAGUGUGCUUGAAGCUAGGCAUUCAAGGAUCCUUCUUCUGCAGCCAGGAGUGUUUCAAAGGAUCCUGGAAGGAGCACAAAUUCAUCCAUCUGCUCGCAAAGGAUAAGGAUUCCAACGCGUACAACCCGUGGCCUUACUAUACGUUCACCGGCAAGCUGCGGCCCUUCGAACAGUCGCCUAUGCGCACGGUCCCGCUUGCGAUUCCCCGGCCGGACUAUGCGGAUCACAAGGAAGGUCGAUCCAAGUCGGAGGAAGCACUACGGGGGAAUAAUACGAUCAAGAUUCUGGAUGACGAGGAAAUUGAGGGCAUGCGUGUGGCCUGCCGAUUGGGACGUGAGGUACUUGACGAAGCUGCCAGAGUGUGCGGUGUCGGCGUCACCACGGACGAAAUAGAUCGUGCUGUUCAUGAGGCUGCCAUCGAGCGGGAGUGCUAUCCUAGUCCGUUGAAUUAUUACAACUUUCCGAAGUCUUGUUGCACUUCGGUGAAUGAAGUUAUCUGCCAUGGAAUACCGGACAAGCGUCCGCUGGAGGAUGGAGAUUUGUGCAAUGUUGACGUCACGGUAUACCAUCGCGGCUUCCAUGGGGAUUUGAACGAAACGUUCUUCGUGGGAAAUGUUCAGGAACAGCAUAAGAAGCUGGUGCAGGUCACAUAUGAGGCGUUAAUGAAGGCGAUUGACAUCGUUAAGCCCGGUGAACGCUAUCGUGAAAUAGGAAACGUAAUCCAAAAGCAUGUGCAAGCCCAUGGAUAUAGUGUUGUUAAGAGCUAUUGUGGACAUGGAAUACAUCGAUUGUUCCAUACUGCCCCUAAUGUACCCCAUUAUGCCAAAAACUCAGCUGUAGGCGUCAUGAAACCAGGACACUGCUUUACGAUUGAACCAAUGAUUUCGGAAGGUACCUGGCGAGAUGUAUCGUGGCCAGAUGAUUGGACUGCGGUUACCGCGGACGGUAAGUAUUCGGCGCAGUUCGAACAAACUUUGCUCGUAACGGAGACUGGUUGCGACAUUCUGACGAAGCGACGAAACGAAACUGGCACACCGCACUUUAUGGAUCACAUGUGAACCCUGAGGGUUACAGCGCUGGAAUCGUACCAACCAUAAGAGGAUAGGAUCAUGCAAAUCGUUCCCAGUCCCAACGUUAAUUUUCAAAUAAACAUCCUCUUUUUUUCAUCGUUUA